CUUCCUCAUGAAACAAAAUGUGAAGAUUGGUAUCCUCGGAGUAGUAUGUUAUGUUUUCUCUUCACUUCUUUGUUCAGGGCUUCAGCAUCAAAACUGCAAGCUGGAGACACUAAAGCUGGCCAAAUGUAACCUGUCAGAGAAGAGCUGUUCCAAACUGGCCUCUGUCUUGACCUCACACUCCUCUCAUCUCACGCUGUUGAGUCUGAGUAGUAAUGGCCUGAGUGCCUCAGAUGUGGAGCAGCUCUCUGCUCUGGUGAAAGAUGUCCACUGUAGACUGCAGACACUGAAGUGAGUAAACAAGUGUGUGUGUGUGUGUGUGUGUGUGUGUGUGUGUGUGUGUGUGUGUGUGUGUGUGUGUGUGUGUGUGUGUGUGUGUGUGUGUGUGUGUGUGUGUGUGUGUGUGUGUGUGUGUGUGUGUGUGUGUGUGAAGUGAAAGUGGCCUUAGUAAAUAUGUCUCACCAAUAUACCUUGAUACUGGCAGCUAACAUUCUCUCCUCCAUCCUGCAGGUGGCGAUAGUGGGAAGCCCUAAGCUGAAACCAACCCAUGCAGGCACGCACACAUGGAUGAGCUGGACGUUCCUCUGAUGCAGAUGCAUGUGGCGGGUCUCAAACAGCAAAUUGACACUCCCAGAGAGAAGCUAUCAGUCACACUGCCAGAGCUGAUUAAAUGGAUCAAAGAGACCAUGCCUAAGGAUCCCUUCCUGAAUGACGACCUGCUGAGGAACAACCCGUGGGUGGAGACUUCAAAGUGUGUACUGCUCUGACAACAGAGAAGGAGCUACCACUGAGCAUAUGGUUGGGCAAUGGGCCCUUUUCAAGUGAUGGCUGACACCUUUGAUUCCAUGCAUUUGGAGCAGGAAU